CCCUCCGACCCCCACCUCCACCCCCCAACGUGAGGAUGAAACCUAAGGAUCCGAGUCUGCCACAGAGACCCCGGGCCCCCAUGGCGUGCGCCGAGUCCCCCAUGCGGACGGGCGUCCUCUCCGAGGUGACGGCUUCGAGCAGACAUUAUGUCGACCGCCUGUUCGACCAUGAUCCUGGAAACGUUCUGCAGGGUGUCAUUGACAUGAAGAACGCAGUUAUUGGCAAUAACAAGCAGAAGGCCAACUUGAUCGUGCUGGGAGCGGUACCCAGGCUCCUCUACCUACUGCAACAAGAAAACUCCAGCCUACAAUUGAAGACGGAGUGUGCGAUUGUGCUUGGGAGUUUAGCUAUGGGCACGGAGACCAAUAUCAAGUCCCUCUUGGAUUGCCAGACCGUGCCGGUCUUGUUACAAGGUCUUGUGCAUCCAGAUUUGAACUUCAUCAAGGCGUGUUUACGCUGCCUUCGGACGAUCUUCACCAGCCCCGUGACUCCCGUGGAGUUAUUCUACACGGAUCACACCGUGGUUCCUCAUCUCAUGGGCCUCCUCAACAAGACCCGCUUCACUCAGGAGUUCAUCUGCCAGAUCUUCGCUCACUGCUGCAAGAGUGCUGAGCAUCAGACGUUUUUGUUCAACAGCGGAGCAGUGCCCACUAUCGCCCCCUUGCUUGCCUCCUCCAUCUACCGGGUGAAGAUGCAGGCCAUCAAGUGCUUCGCCGUGCUCACCUACGAGAACCCGCAGGUGGCGCUGGCCUUGGUUGACGUGAUUGUCGAUGGAGAGACGCUGCCGCAGGUGUUUGUGAAGAUGAUGCGCAGGGAUCAGCCAAUCGAAAUGCAACUCACCGCCGCCAAAUGUUUGACGUACAUGUGCAGGGCCGGGGCACUGCGCACAGAUGACGCCAUCAUCGCUCUCAAGACCCUGCCGUGCCUGGUGCGGAUGUGCAACAAGGAGCGCCUGCUGGAGGAGCGAGUGGAAGGGGCCGAGACGCUGGCGUACCUCAUAGAGAUGGACAUCGAGCUGCAGAGGCUCGCCAGCAUCACCGACCAGCUCAUCACCAUGCUGGCCGACUACUUUAAAUACCCGACACCCGUCAGCCCCAUCACUGACAUCAAACGGCUGGAUCACGAUCUGAAGCAUUCUCACGAGCUCCGGCAAGCGGCCUUCAAGCUCUAUGCGGCGCUGGGAGCUAACGACGAGGAAAUCCGGAAAAAGGUAAUUGAGACAGAGAGUAUGAUGGACCAGAUUGUAACUGGUUUAGCAGAUCCAGUCGUCAAGGUGCAGUUGGCUUCUGUCAGGUGUCUUCACAGCCUCUCCCGUUCUGUCCAACAACUGCGAACGAGCUUUCAGGACCACGCUGUCUGGAAGCCACUGAUGAAGCUGUUGCAGAACGCUCCAGAUGACGUGCUGAUGGUGGCCUCCUCAACACUCUGUAACCUCCUGCUCGAGUUUUCGCCCAGCAAAGAGCCGAUCCUGGAGUCCGGAGCAGUGGAGCUGCUGUGCAGCCUCACGCGCAGUGAGAACUCCGCACUCCGUGUCAAUGGAAUCUGGGCCCUCAUGAAUAUGGCUUUUCAGGCAGAGCAGAAGAUUAAAGUGGACAUACUCCAGGGUCUGGGCACCACGCAGCUCUUUCGACUGCUGUCAGACUCCGAUACAAAUGUGCUCAUGAAGACUCUGGGACUGCUGCGCAACCUUCUGUCCACCAAGCCGCACAUUGAUCAGAUCAUGAACAGCUACGGCACGCACAUCAUGCAAGCGGUGACACUCAUUCUGGAUGGGGAACACAACAGCGACAUCACGGAACAGACUUUGUGCAUCCUCGCCAACAUCGCAGAUGGCACCGUGGCGAAGGAAUGUAUUAUGUCGCACUCGGACAUACUCCAGAAAAUAAAGCACUACAUGUCUCAUGCAAACGUGAAGCUGCAGAUUGCUGCAACAUUUUGUGUCUCCAACUUGGCGUGGUCGGAGGAGGAAGGGUUUUUCGAGAGGCAGGAGCGGCUCCGCUCUCUCGGCUUCCUGGAGGUCCUGCAGAGGUUGGCGCAGGCGCCGGACGUGGCACUUGCAGAUAAGGUGAAGAUGACUCUACAGCAUUUCUCUUAAUGUUGGAGGCUAAAGGUUUUCAUAUAUAUGUACUUUCAUAUACUUUGUACAUACGACUUAAUGACCGUAUUGUCAAUUAAAUACUGUAAAGUUUAUGGUUCAUUUAUUCUACAUCUUUGACGUUUCACUUGUCAGAAGUUGUUGAUUUAAUGUCAAGGUAAUGUGCACAGAAUCCGUAUAAAGGUAUUUUCAGCUUGUUUGAAAUACCUAUUUGGCAUUCAUGGGAUAUAUGGUAUUUAUCCAUUUGCCUUCAUAUUAUUUGCCACUGAUACUCUCAAGUGUAAACGAAUUGUAAUAUUGAUGUAAUAAAAAUUAUCUACUUUAAUGUUUGUUAUAAACAUAUUUUGGAAUUGCAUGUAUUUACCUUGAAAGAUAAAAAAAAAUGAACGUGAAUGAUGAAUUCAGUAAAUUCCCGAUGUCAGGUGGACGUCGGAGGCCAUGAGUUCUCAGCUA